AUGGUGGCAACCAGAAAACAGGCGAGCAGAAUCGCCAGUCGAACCACUCAGUCGGACCUGCGCGCUCGCGCGACUCGCGCUUCGCCGACUUGGAGAAGUUCGCUCUUCGUGAAAGAUCUCUCGAGGAACGAGCUAUCGUUCGAGCAGUCGGACAGAAGGCAGGCACGGAGGAAGGAAGGCUUCCGAUCAGCCUUCGCAGCCGUGAAUGGAUAUCACUACUGUCGGCUGAGGUGGCCGUUGAAGAUAUUCUUCGAGCUGCUGGCGCAAACACACUGCCUGUACCCGAUGAGUGUUCGAUUGGCAGGUGGCCAUAUGGUGAAGCAGAGGAGGUUCAUCGGAAACACCAACAACAAAAUGAUCAAUAUACGAGAACAUUUGUAGAUACUCUCUAAACGGUUGUAUAAUUAGUACAAUCCCGAUGUAGGGAGCGAACUGCCGAGAGUACCGAGACUGCGUGUGGGUUUGUACAUCUCCGAGCGAAAUUCUUUGGACAACAAACGACGGGUUUGGGUUGCGACGUUGAGACGCAUUAUCGCGCGUUGUGUAAAACAGAGAGUUACAGGUUUGACCAGGGAUCGUGCGACGCAUUCCGGGGGACAUUCUGUGACCAGAGGCUACGAAAUAUUGUGGAUCCGCGCGGUCCACCCUCGGUUUCCUCUUCUACCGCUAACCGGAUUUAGAGAGGGAUUUCUCAUUUGGUCAUAACGAUUUUAGAUACGACCGUACGGAGAGGAGAGGAGUGAGCUAAAGUAGUCGAGUGAUAGCCACGUUAUUUCAGUUGGUUCAUAAUUUUCGUGGCGUAUUAACGCAGAGGUAGAAAGCGAGAAACAGAGAAAGAGGAAACUGACAAAUUUGCAUAUCGCAACCGGACAAACACACAGUCGUAUGUCGUGUGAGAACCGGACAACGCUUUAAUUUACGAAGCCCUAGCAAUUUUCGACUCACGCGCCAAACCAGGCGGAGCUUUUCAACAUAAUGGUAAGUGAUACAAUUCUCGCAAUUCGCAAAAUCAUUCUCAUAUACCGCUGAAUUAUAGUUGCAAAGCAGUUUGUGCGCUUCAGAAUCUCCUCAGAAUUUAACCUCUCUUUAUAGUAUGAUUUCACAGGAUGAUUUAAGACGUCUGCGCGAUUUCCCGCAGACUGAGAAGAGAUGUUCUUUUUUAAACAAGCAUAUCCACAGAUUUCUUUCCUCAUUUCUUACUGUUUUCCUUGAAGAAUUUUAAGAAACAGAGUACGAAAUGUCUAAUUUGUAUUCCCUGCGAAAGAGAUACAAUAAUUUAAGUAAAAAUUUAAAGAAAUUUUCCGAAAGGAAUAUAAUGUCUUACCGUGAAACUUUUUCGGAUCAUUUAAGAGACGAAAAAGAGGUAUAAACAGGAUUAACAAGAACUGAAACAAAAGACACGGUAAUGUUUCGCUGCCAAGUCUUUCUGAUCAAUAAGAUUGUGCGUCUCACGCAAAGGUCAAAUUUUUUACCUGUCCGAUACUACGCUUCGCCACUGGCUAGUAUUGAUAGAUGUGAUAAGCAGUUCGUGCAUGCAUGGUCAUGCACAUCAAGAUCGUGACAUCAAGAAAGUAUCUGAAACAAAUAAAAUAGGGUACCGUUACUUAGACUCUAUAUUACGAGAAACUUUUUAAGAAUUUAUACAAAAUCUAGUAUAUACACGCAAAAAAAUCUCAGUUGUUGCGAGCGAAUAUGAACCAACUGAAAAUUAGGUGAUCAGAAGCGAUAUUUCUGUUUUGAAAAUUAAUAUUUUUUUUUAAAUAACUAAACUAUUUUUUUAUAUAAUUUUUCGUAUAAAAAAAGAAAAAUGAAUCUUAUUAAGUCUUGUGUUCACAGUGUUAGAAAUCAGUUCAAGAAGCAUUAACUAAUCAAUUUGCCGCUUUUCCGUAAAAGCCACAAAUUGAUUGAUUGAUAUGUGCAUAUUUUCAUGUGAGGCUUUCUUUCUCAUGUUGGUAAAACUGCAUGUGAAAAUAAACUUUGUUAUCAUUGAAACUUGGCCGAUUUGCUGUCUCAUACGUCAUUUACUUGAAAAGUACGUAAUGUGUUGAGCUUUUUAAUAUUAUUCUUUUUAAAUUUUUUGUUCCUUAUAUUAAAAAUUUUAAAUGUAAAAUUAAAAUUGUAAUUAAAGCGGAUUUAUUGUUUGACAUAUACACGCAUAUGUCAAAAUGACUCCGCAAAAUUCAUAGACUUGUUAUUUCAACAGUAUCACUAAUCCGCAGAUAUUAAAAUUAUUGCCUAGAAGUUUUUGUUGGUACCACCAUUUUCCCAUCUAGUUUUCGGGAAAAUGUUUUGUAAUAACAAAAUAUAACCGGACAAACCGGACAGUAACAUCAUAUAAAACUAGAUACACGAAAUACACAAUUUAAUAAGAAAUUAAUUACAAUAUCAUUUUCCAAACACUAUUUUAAAACA